CUCCCACUAUCGCUCCUCAAUGCGGCGCAAAAUAAGCCUAUGCUGGUCGAGCUGAAGAAUGGAGAGACAUUCAACGGACAUCUUAUUAACUGCGACAACUUCAUGAACAUCACGCUGCGUGAGGUGUACCAGACGAGCGCGGACGGCGACCGGUUCUGGAAGGUCAAAGAGUGCUAUAUUCGCGGGAGCACAAUCAAAUACCUUCGCGUGCCGGAUACCUUGCUGGACGCGGUGAAGGAGGAGCAGGCGCGCGCGCGCGAAGCCGGGAAGAGUGCACGAGGUGCACAUAUUAGCGGCGCGGGACGCGGCAUGCCACGCGGCGGGCCAAUGCGUGGUCGCGGCGGGCGUGGACGGGGUAUGUGA